AGCAGCGAAAAAGAGGAGGAGGAAAUAUGGAGCUUUGUCUGCUGGGCGUACUGCUAGAAUUGCUAAUCCUGAGGAAAGGGCAUGCGGUCAUCACACACCGACUCAUUCUUGCUUCUGGGGAGCAGGCUUCACUUCCCUGUGAAACAGUGAACCCUCAUAUCCGUGUAUUCUGGUUCCCUCUGAAUUCCAGAUGUGCCAACAUCAGUCAAGGUAGUGUGGAAAUAACCUGGAACCCUACUAAAUAUGAGGUGAAUCCUCUUCGGUUCAACCAACGCCUGAUAUAUCAGACUCCAAAAUCUUUACUCCUCAAGAAUCUGGUCAUGAGUGAUGCGGGUACCUAUAUCUGUAUUCUCCCCAAUCGGUCAGAAACUCACACCAUCCUGCAGGUGACUCCAGGCUGCCACAACCAUCUUUUUGUCUCCUACCGGCAGCUCAAUCUGUUCUCUUUGCAGCUGAGCUGCCACCACUGUGGCUUGCCAGGCAAGACAGAUGCUUUUCGUUGGACGCUGAAUUCAAGGCGACUGGGCACCCCCCGUUGGGCUAACAAGAACAAUUCUGGCUCUUCCGUGACAUUGUAUCCCAUCCGGCCAGUGGUUUGGGGACGCUGGGAGUGCCAUUCUGUUGCCAAUCCUGCUUGGGUCUCCGAAAUUUGCUUGACUCCACCUACAGGACAAAAGGACGCAGGCACUCCCCGAAUCCUUCAGGAAGAAUUUCCGUCUGCUAAGCCCGCCUCUUUGACAUCAUCCCACUGGGCAGUUCCUACCAUCACGACGACUACAGAAGCUGCACCUGCCUGGAGUGACGUGAAUGGGUUUCCAUUGGGCUGGGCAUCGCUAUUGGUUGGGCUGGUUCUGGUACUAGCAAUGGCCAUGUGGCUGUGGAAGAGAAAUGUGAUAGGCAGGAAACGCAGAGGAAGGAAGGAAUGGACAGAUCGGGCUUCUCUGAGAAAUUCAAUCAGAACGAACAAGGAAAUAUGCGAAACCGAGAGUCUGGAUAAGAUAUCUGUUUCCCUUCAUUACGCCCAAUUGCAACAUCCCCGGAGGAAAUCCAGCGCUGUUCGGACUCCAGACAGCACUACGGUGUAUGCCGUGAUUGUCUGAAAUGGCUUCUGUCAUUUCCCGCAUACGUGCUGAGAUCCAGCCACCAUUUCCUGAUUUACACAAUUCUUCUUCCUUUUGCUGCGUCCCCUGAAGUUCUCCAGAAACAUGCGACGCGACCCAUCCAUGACCUUUGCUCCUCAAACUCAACCACCUUUUGCCACCAAACUUGACUAACAAUCUCCUGCUCCCUUAAACAGAUCUUCCUUGUUGGGUGCUUCCAGAGGAGGCUUUUACCAUACAAUCGCACUGCCUCAUUCACGGAAUUUUAUAGGAGGGCCAGAUGACAAUGUCUUCAGUUUGUAGCCUUAUCAGAGACAAAUUUCAUAAAGCCCAUAGUCCUCAAUCACAACUAAGCUUAUGCACCUGUAACUACAUUUGUACAUUUACAUGUAAAGUUCCAUGUAGCAUUGUGGUGCUAUAGAUAUAAUAAAGAACAUGCGAAGAGCCCUGCUGGAUCAGACCAAGGGUCCAUCUAGUCCAGCACUCUGUUCACACAGUAGCCAACCAGCCAUUGGCCAGGGAUGAACAAGCAGGACAUGGUGCAACAGCACCCUCCCACCCAUGUUCCCCAGCAACUGGUGCACUCAGGCUUAUCACCUCGAAUACUGGAGGUAGCACUUAGCCAUCAGGGCUAGUAGCCAUUGAUAGCCUUUGCCUCCAGGGAUUUA